GGAGUCCAUCUUCUGCAUCCAGUACAACGUUCGUGCAUUCAUGAAUGUCAAACACUGGCCUUGGAUGAAGCUGUUCUUCAAGAUCAAGCCCUUGCUGAAGAGCGCAGAAUCAGAGAAGGAGAUGGCCAAUAUGAAAGGGGAGUUUGAGAAAACUAAGGAAGAGCUUGCAAAGUCUGAGGCAAAGAGGAAGGAGCUGGAGGAGAAAAUGGUGGCUUUGAUGCAGGAGAAAAAUGACCUGCAGCUCCAAGUGCAGGCUGAAGCAGAUAGCUUGGCUGAUGCUGAGGAAAGAUGUGACCAGCUGAUCAAAACCAAAAUCCAGCUGGAAGCCAAAAUCAAGGAAGUGACAGAAAGGGCCGAGGAUGAAGAGGAAAUCAAUGCUGAGCUGACAGCCAAGAAGAGGAAACUAGAGGAUGAAUGCUCAGAGCUGAAGAAAGAUAUUGAUGACCUGGAGUUAACGUUGGCCAAAGUUGAGAAGGAAAAGCAUGCCACUGAAAACAAGGUGAAAAACCUCACUGAGGAGAUGGCAGGCCUGGAUGAAACCAUUGCCAAGCUGACAAAAGAGAAAAAGGCCCUCCAAGAGGCCCACCAGCAGACACUGGAUGACCUGCAGGCGGAAGAGGACAAAGUCAAUACGCUGACCAAAGCUAAAACCAAGCUGGAGCAGCAAGUGGAUGAUCUUGAAGGGUCCCUGGAGCAGGAGAAGAAACUGCGCAUGGACCUUGAGAGAGCCAAGAGGAAACUGGAGGGGGACCUGAAGUUGUCCCAUGACAGCAUAAUGGACUUGGAAAAUGAUAAGCAGCAGUUGGAUGAGAAACUCAAGAAGAAAGACUUUGAAAUCAGCCAGAUCCAGAGCAAGAUCGAGGAUGAACAAGCCCUGGGCAUGCAAUUGCAGAAGAAGAUCAAGGAGUUGCAGGCCAAGAACGCCCUGGCUCAUGCCUUGCAAUCUGCCCGCCACGACUGUGACUUGCUGCGGGAGCAAUAUGAAGAGGAGCAGGAAGCCAAGGGCGAGCUGCAGCGYKCCYUGUCCAAGGCCAACAGUGAAGUGGCCCAGUGGAGGACCAAAUAUGAGACGGAUGCCAUUCAGCGCACGGAGGAACUGGAGGAGGCCAAGAAGAAGCUGGCACAGCGUCUGCAGGAWGCAGAGGAACAUGUGGAAGCCGUGAAUGCCAAAUGUGCUUCCCUGGAAAAGACAAAGCAGCGGCUGCAGAAUGAAGUGGAGGACCUGAUGAUUGAUGUGGAAAGAGCCAACGCUGCCUGUGCAGCUCUGGACAAGAAGCAGAAGAAUUUCGACAAGAUCCUGKCAGAGUGGAAGCAGAAGUAUGAGGAAACACAGGCUGAGCUGGAAGCCUCCCAGAAGGAGGCUCGCUCUCUCAGCACRGARCUKUUYAAGAUGAAGAAUGCCUAUGAGGAGUCCCUGGACCACCUGGAAACCCUGAAGCGGGAGAACAAGAACUUGCAGCAGGAGAUUUCCGACCUCACGGAGCAGAUUGCAGAGGGAGCAAAGGCCAUUCAUGAGCUGGAGAAAKCAAAGAAGCAGGCUGAGCAGGAGAAAUCGGAAAUCCAGGCAGCUCUGGAGGAAGCCGAAGCGUCCCUAGAACAUGAGGAAGGGAAGAUCCUKCGCCUSCARCUGGARCUCAACCAGRUCAAGUCUGAGAUUGACCGGAAGAUAGCAGAAAAGGAUGAGGAAAUCGACCAGCUGAAGAGAAACCAUCUCCGAGUYGUGGAGUCCAUGCAGAGCACGCUGGAUGCUGAGAUCAGGAGCAGGAAUGAAGCCCUGAGGCUGAAGAAGAAGAUGGAGGGAGACCUGAAUGAAAUGGAGAUCCAGCUGAGCCAUGCCAACCGUCUGGCUGCAGAGGCCCAAAAGAACCUGAGAAACACACAGGCAGUACUGAAGGAUACCCAGAUCCACYUGGAYGAUGCUCUCAGGACACAGGAGGACCUGAAGGAGCAGGUGGCCAUGGUGGAGCGCAGAGCCAACCUGUUGCAGGCUGAARUWGARGAGCUACGGGCAGCCCUGGAGCAGACGGAGCGGUCCAGGAAAGUGGCUGAGCAGGAACUGAUGGAUGCAAGCGAAAGAGUUCAACUUCUCCACACUCAGAAUACCAGCUUGAUCAACACCAAGAAGAAGCUGGAAACAGACAUUUCCCACAUUCAGAGCGAAAUGGAGGAGACAAUCCAGGAAGCCCGCAAUGCUGAAGAGAAGGCCAAAAAGGCCAUCACAGAUGCAGCGAUGAUGGCAGAAGAGCUGAAGAAGGAGCAGGACACGAGUGCCCACCUGGAGAGGAUGAAGAAGAACUUGGACCAGACAGUGAAGGACCUGCAGCWSCGYCUGGAUGAGGCYGAGCAGCUGGCAYUGAAAGGAGGCAAGAAGCAAAUCCAGAARCUGGAGGCCAGGGUGCGCGAGCUGGAAGGGGAGGUUGAUUCUGAGCAGAAGCGCAGUGCUGAAGCCGUGAAGGGUGUGCGCAAAUACGAGAGGAGGGUGAAGGAGCUSACCUACCAGUCUGAGGAAGACCGGAAGAACAUUCUGCGCCUCCAGGACCUGGUGGACAAGCUGCAAAUGAAAGUGAAAUCCUACAAGAGACAAGCUGAGGAAGCUGAGGAGCUGUCCAAUGUCAACCUCUCCAAAUUCCGCAAGAUCCAGCACGAGCUGGAGGAAGCCGAGGAGCGGGCUGACAUUGCAGAGUCGCAGGUCAACAAGCUCCGAGUCAAGAGCCGAGAGUUUCACAGCAAGAAGAUAGCAGAAGAAGAGUGA